AUGAAGCUGAGGAAGAGCGAGGAACGGCUCCCGGGGAGGGCGGUGGCUCUGAUCAUUGUCCUCUGCGUCUCGGAGAUGAGAGGAGAAAGCGCUCGGUACUCUGUGCCCGAAGAGGCGGAGAGAGGCUCUUUCGUGGCGAAUAUCGCUAAGGAUUUGGGACUAACCGGUGAGGAAUUAUUGGCUCGUCAGGCUCGACUAGUUCCUGAAGGAGAAAAGCAGUAUUUACAACUGAACCAGCACACCGGGAAUUUGGUGGUGAGAGAGCAGAUGGACCGGGAAGAGCUGUGUGGACAGAGCGAGCCCUGCUUGGUGCGUUUUGAGGUGCUGCUGGAGAACCCUCUGCAGUCCUUCCGAGCUGAGGUAAGACUCACUGAUAUAAAUGAUAAUUCUCCUGUGUUCUUAAAUAAAGAGAUUGUUUUAAAGAUCCCGGAAUCUGCACUGCCGGAGACUCGGUUUUUGCUGGAAAGCGCUCACGAUCCAGACGUGGGGAACAACAGUCUUCAGCAUUAUAGUAUCAGCUCGAACGAAUAUUUCCUUGUGUACACCCGGCGGCGGAGUGACGGCGGGAGGUACGCCGAGCUGGUGUUGGAUCGAGCCCUGGACCGGGAGCAGCAGGUAGAAGUUGCUUUCAGCAUCACGGCUGUGGAUGGUGGGACUCCACCGCGUUCUGGCACAGCUUUAAUCCGCGUGAUAGUCCUGGAUGUAAAUGACAACAUCCCGGUAUUUUCCCAGACUCUGUAUAAAGUCUCUGUAAUGGAAAAUAGCUCACAGGAUACCGUCGUGGUGGUAGUGUCUGCUAGCGAUUUAGAUGCAGGAACGAAUGGGGAAAUCGUCUAUUCCAUAGUUCAAAAUUCAGAGGAAAAUUUAGAGACAUUUAAAAUAAACCCAGAGACAGGUCAAAUUCGACUCAAAAAGCCUUUGGAUUAUGAAGAAAAAAAGACCUAUGAGAUAGACGUCCAAGCCACAGAUGGAGGGGGCCUGUCCACGCAUUGCAAGGUGGAGGUGCAGGUGAAGGACGUGAACGAUAAUGCCCCCGAGGUGAUCAUCACCUCGCUCACCAGCACCCUCUCUGAAGCCGCUCCGCCGAACACCGUGGUCGCCCUCUUCAACGUGAGGGACAGGGACUCGGGGGACAACGGCAGGACAGCCUGCGAGCUGACAGGAGAGCAACCCUUCAGGAUCACGCUGCUGGCAGCUGACGCGUACGCGCUGGUGACAUCAGAGACGCUGGACCGGGAGCAAGUGGAGGAAUACAACGUGACGGUGCGAGCUCGAGAUGAGGGCUCCCCCGCCCUCUCAGCAUCCAAGACCCUGCUCGUACGGCUCCUGGAUGUGAACGACAAUGCGCCCACCUUCACCCAGGCUAUUUACACCAUGGAGAUCAGCGAAAAUGAGCCUGUGGGGAGGAGCCUGGGCUGCCUCAGUGCCACAGACCCUGAUGCGGGAGAAAACUCCCGCGUGAGAUACGCGCUAGUGAGGCCACUGACAGGCGCCCUUGCCCCGGCAUCAUUCGUGUCAGUGGACGCAGAGAGUGGAACCGUCCGGAGUUUGCGCCCGCUGGACUACGAGAAG